CCAGUUAAAGACUAAAGAGUUGAGAAGAGACGAGACGAGUGAGUGACUUGGGAACUGCAUCAGUGGCUAUAAAGAUAAAACACCCACCAUCUUCAUCUUCCCCUUAAACUAGGGUUUCUUCGACCUUUUCCCUUUCAAGCAUCCAUUAUCUCACUCUAAUCGACUCACUACACUUGCAGAAUACCAACUUUCGCGUCCGUACAACUUUAAUCUCUCAGGCAUUGUGGGUCAACUUUCUUUAUUCAAGUGGGCCUUUUUUUACAGGAUUGCUUUUACUCAAGGGUAAAAUAGACAAUGCAAACCCCAAAGACAAGAGCUGUAACCUUGGAGGUGCCACAGAGGACACCAAAAACUGCUAGGCAGCUCAAAACUUCAGGGGCAGAACCGGAAAAUUCUUCCACUCAAAGUCCGGUGACCAGAACACCAAAACCAAGAAGCCCAAAAGUUUCUGAACGCCGGUCACCUCGUACUCCAACAUCCGAGAAAAAGCGUCCUGGCAGAGUGGCUGAACUUGAAACCCAGCUUGCUAAUCUUCAAGAAGAACUUAAGAAAGCCAAGGAUCAAUUGAGUCAAUCGGAAGCAAGUAAGAAACGUGCCAACGAGGAUGCUGACGUGGCCAAGAAAGAGCUUGCUGACAUGUCAGAAAAGCUUCAAGAUUCACAACAACAGCUGGAUGAGAUUUCGGCUUCUGAAGAAUCCCGACUUCAAGAACUUAGAAAGAUUUCUCAAGAUCGGGACAGGGCAUGGGAAUCUGAACUUGAAGCUGUCCAGAAACACCACUCAAUGGAUUCAGCCGCCUUAGCUUCUGCCAUGAAUGAGAUCCAGAAGCUCAAGAUUCAGCUUGAAAAACUGUCUGAAUCUGAAGCUAAUCAAGCUAAAUACGCUGAGUCAGCUCAUAAUGAUGUGUUGGCUUUAAGGUUAGAGCUCUCGGAAACUCUUGCUGUUGUUGAAGAACUCAAAACCCAAUUGAAUGAUUCCAAAGAUUCGGAAGCUAAAGCUUUGGAAAUAGUUAGUAAAACCCAAGAACAGUUGGAAACCGUAAAGUCAACCGAGGAGGCUUUGAGGUCUGAAAAGGUGAAAGCCAUGGAAGCUUGUGAUUCUUUAACCAUGGAGUUGGAGAAAUUGAAAGCUGAGAGCCAUGGAGACGCUCAGGUUGAUGACGAAGAAGAAUCUGAGGUGGCAAAGUUACGGUUGGCGCUUGAAGGUGCUGAAAAAAGAUACCAAGAAGAAUAUAUUCAAACCACUUUACAAAUUCGAAGCGCUUAUGAGCUUGUGGAACAAUCAAGAUCCGAGUCAUGUGAAAAAGUUCAAAUCCUGGAGGCAAAUUUGGAGAAAUCGAAAGCAGAAUUGGAAGAUUUGAAGGCGAAAUUGAUUGAAAAAGAAGAAAAACUGCAAAACGUAUCGGAAGAAAAUAAGAACUUGAACGAAAAGCUUAAACUAACAACAGAUGAAAACAAAAACACUGAAGAUGACAAUGCCGAUGUUAUGGAAUUAAAAAGAUUGGAGGCUGAUUUGGAGGAUUUGAAGAGGGUUAUGUCUGAAAAAGAAACGGAAUUGAAGAACAUUACAGAAGAGAAUAAAAGAUUGAUGAUGGAAAAGGAUCAAGUUGCAGAAGGUGAAAAAGAAGCGGUUAUGAAAUUAGGGUAUUUGACAGAAGAGGCUGAGAAGAGUGGUAGAAAAGUGGUGAGGGUGACGGAGCAGCUGGAUUUGGCACAGGCGGCGAAUGCUGAGAUGGAGGCGGAGUUGAGGCGGCUGAAAGUGCAGUCGGACCAGUGGAGGAAGGCGGCAGAGGCGGCGGCGGCCAUGCUUUCCGGUGGGAAUAAUGGGAAGUUUGUGGAGCGAACAGGGUCGCUUGAUUCACAUACGAUUGGUGGGAAGUUGAAUUCACCAAAAGCCAGAAGUAAUUUCAACACAUUUUGCAGCUCAGGGGUUGUUUGCUUGAAGUUGAAUGAAUGAAGGUCGAGCCUUUUGUUAGUUUUCUUCUGUAUAGUGAAGUUGAAUUGUAAUGGGGGCUGACUUUGACUUUGACCUUGAUCUUGACCUGCCGUUUGUGGUGGUGGUGAUGCAUUUUGACAGAGAAUGCAAGUAUUUGUAAUAACACGACAAUUAACGUCUUAUUAUCGGCAUUUCGCAUCAUGUUUCUCAAUUUACAGCG